AAACUCCCUCCUUCUCUCUCUCUUCUUUCUCUCUCUCCCGGAAGAUUCUUGAGAGAGAGAACGAACAUUCCAUAUAUAUAAUUAAUAGCAACACAUAUGGCUUCCACAACCGAAACCAAUCAACCCCGCUCCUCCGACCAACCCGCAAUACAAUCAUCAGAAGCCCACCAACCUCGAGCCCCCACUGACCCCUACCCCCCGCCCGCCGGGGGCACCUAUCCGCCAUCCAACAUGAGCUACGCGCACCCACAAGGAUACCCCACCGUAGCGCCCCCCUACCACGGGUACCACGCGAGUGCCUACAACCCUUAUUACCAGGACCCCUACUACACCACCACCUCCUACAACCAAGCUGACGAGGCCGCCAGCAGCUGCUUCCGGUGCUUCUGCAUCAUCAUGUUCCUCCUCGUCAUCUUCACCCUCCUCGCCAGCAUCGUCAUGUUUGUCGUGGUCCGCCCCGAAACCCCGGCCUUCAAGGUCGAGUCCUUCAGCGUCUCCAACUUCAACCUCGUCCCAGGAAGCAAAGUGCUCUCCGGGAAAUGGGAGGCCUCCAUCUACGUGGACAACCCCAGCUACAGGAUGAAGUUGGACAUAGACAGGUGGGAGACCUCCCUGUACCACAAGGACAACUAUCUCGCGAUGGGCUCGGUCAUGCAUUCCAUGAAUCUAGACUCUCGGGCAAAAGGCACCAUGCACAUGAAGAUGGAGACGUACAAUACAACGGCGAGCAGCGCGGUGGAGGACAUGGAGAAGGAGCAGAAGGAGGGCGGGAACGUGAGCUUCAAUUUGAGGUUGACGCUUUCGUACGACAUGAAAGCCGGUGGUUUUUUUUAUAAUCACUACAGUAACUACAGAAGUGGGACCCUCCGGGUGAAAUGCUCAGAUUUGAAGGUGCCUCUGCCGGCGGGGUCAAAUACUGGGAGCAUGCCCAGUGGGAGCUCGAAGGCAUGCGAUAUCUCCGAUGGUUUCUGAUUAUUUAGUCAUAGACGAGAAAUGGGUCGGAUAUUUUUGUUUGGUUAUCUGUCUCACGGUCUCAUUGACUUUCUUCCCAUGUCUCCUCCAUAUGUGGGGAUUGUGUAUUUGGCUAACUUAUAGGGAGUCAUAUGUUCAUAAUUUUAGAAACCCUUAAAUCUGUUAAUUUUAUUGUAGAAAAAUUUUUAUGCUAUUUUUUCUAGGAUUUCUUGUACUUCAUUUAAUUUUAAUUUCGUUAUAGCUAUACAGUGACACAUAAUGACUAA